GUGCGUCCUUGGGGCCGACGGGCGGGGCGCGGCGGCUGCGCGGUGGCGCACGUGCGGCGGCCGCGAUGAAGUUCGCGUACCGGUUCUCAAAUUUGCUGGGGACAGUCUAUCGGUGUGGAAAUUUGAAUUUUACGUGCGAUGGAAAUUCAGUGAUCAGUCCUGUGGGAAAUAGAGUCACUGUAUUUGACCUUAAAAACAACAAAUCCAACACUCUGCCCUUGGCUACUCGGUACAACAUCAGGUGUGUAGGGCUGUCCCCAGACGGCCGCCUGGCCAUCAUCGUCGAUGAAGGGGGGGACGCGCUGCUGGUCAGCUUGGUGUGCAGGUCCGUGCUUCACCACUUCCACUUCAAGGGCUCGGUGCACAGUGUCUCCUUCUCUCCUGAUGGCAGGAAGUUCGUCGUCACAAAAGGCAACAUCGCUCAGAUGUACCAUGCCCCUGGGAGGAAGCGGGAAUUCAACGCGUUCGUCCUGGACAAAAGUUACUUUGGGCCGUACGAUGAGACCACGUGCAUCGACUGGACCGACGACUCCAGGUGCUUUGCGGUCGGGAGCAAAGACAUGUCCACGUGGGUGUUUGGAGCUGAGCGCUGGGACAACCUCAUCUACUACGCGCUGGGGGGACACAAGGACGUGAUCGUGGCCUGCUUCUUCGAAUCCAGCAGCCUAGACCUGUACACGCUCAGCCAGGACGGAGCCCUGUGUGUGUGGCAGUGUGACACGCCCCCCGAGGGCCUGCGGCUGAAAGCCCCCACGGGCUGGAAGGCGGAGCUGCUGCAGGGGGCCGAGGAGGAGGAGGAGGAGGAGGAGGAGGAGACCACCGUCCGGGGGAAAGCCACGCCGGCUGCCGAGGAGCAGCAGGGAAAAGUGAAAUACUCUCGGCUGGCCAAGUACUUUUUCAAUAAAGAGGGAGAUUUUAACAACCUGACAGCCGCGGCGUUUCACAAGAAGACCCACCUCUUGGUCACUGGCUUUGCCUCUGGGAUCUUCCACCUUCACGAGCUCCCCGAGUUCAACCUCAUCCACUCCCUGAGCAUCUCUGAUCAGAGGAUCGCUUCCAUCGCUGUCAACGGCUCCGGAGACUGGAUCGCUUUUGGCUGCUCAGGCCUGGGCCAGCUGCUGGUGUGGGAGUGGCAGAGUGAGUCCUACGUGCUCAAGCAGCAGGGCCAUUUCAACAGCAUGGCGUCCCUGGCCUACUCCCCCGACGGGCAGUGCAUCGUCACCGGCAGCGAUGACGGCAAGGUCAAGGUGUGGAACACCUUCAGCGGGUUCUGCUUCGUCACGUUCACGGAGCACUCGAGUGGGGUCACUGGCGUGACCUUCACGGCCACUGGCUAUGUCAUCGUGAGCUCUUCCAUGGACGGGACUGUGCGUGCCUUUGACCUUCACAGGUACCGGAACUUCCGCACCUUCACGUCCCCGCGGCCCACCCAGUUCUCCUGCGUGGCUGUGGACUGCAGCGGGGAGGUCGUUUCUGCCGGCGCCCAGGACUCCUUCGAGGUCUUCAUCUGGUCCAUGCAGACAGGCAGGCUCCUGGACGUCCUGUCUGGUCACGAGGGCCCUGUCAGCAGUCUGUGCUUUAACCCCGUGAGGUCGGUUCUGGCCAGUGCCUCCUGGGACAGGACUGUGCGCCUGUGGGACAUGGCGGACAGCUGGAGGACCACGGAGACGCUGGGCCUGACCUCGGACGCUCUGGCUGUGACCUUUCGCCCUGACGGUGCGGAGCUGGCUGUGGCCACCCUGAACUCCCAGAUCACCUUUUGGGACCCUGAGAACGCCGUGCAGACGGGCUCCAUCGAGGGCAGGCAUGACCUCAAGACGGGCAGGAAGGAGCUGGAUAAGGUCACCGCCAAGCACUCAGCCAAGGGGAAGGCCUUCACCACUUUGUGCUACUCUGCGGACGGCCAGAGCGUCCUGGCGGGAGGGAUGUCCAAGUUUGUGUGCAUCUAUCAUGUCAAGGAGCAGAUCCUCAGGAAGAAGUUUGAGAUCUCCUGCAACCUCUCCCUGGACGCCAUGGAGGAGUUUUUGAACCGAAGGAAAAUGACGGAGUUUGGCAACCUGGCGCUAAUUGAUCAAGAUGCUGGGGUGGAGGAUGGAGUUGUGAUACCACUGCCGGGUGUAAAGAAAGGUGACAUGAGCUCUCGGCACUUCAAGCCUGAAAUCAGGGUGACGUCGCUUCGCUUCUCUCCCACCGGUGAGCCCCGAGCAGCAGGUUGUUGGUGCUGGGAAGGGUGGGGGUCAGUCCUGCUGGGCUUCUGGGCCCAGGGUGCACACCGUGGGCCCGUCACCUCUGCUCUCAGGGACAAGGUUGGGCAGAGCUUCUGGCUGGCCCUGGGCCCUGCUGUUCUUUCAGAGGACACUGAAGGGGGUGGCCUCAGACCCGCUGGGCGUUGAAACGGGGAGGCGGGCACCCGCCCUGAGCACCACUCAGCUGUGCAGUCGUCGGAGGGGCCGCAGGGGAGGGUCUGUGCCCAUGGGGCCUGGGACCAUUAGGUAAAUGCGGUCCCGCGGGGCAAGCAGGACAGAGGCUGGUGGUGGGCUUGUCUGCGGGGUGAUGGCUGGCCCUCCCCCGCAUCGAGCGAGUGACGGGAGCAGCAGGCCGCAGUGUCUGGCCGUGUGCUGCUGUGCGAGCCGGGCUGCAGACCGUGGCCGGGGAC